AUGUCUAAUAACCUUUUAACUCAAGACCUUGAUAAACUUUCUUCUACUCAGCUCCUGCAAUUAUACAUAAAACUUCGAUUGCCUCCUUCAUCAUCCAUCAUAUCAUUAAAAGAUUUCCUGGAUGUUGUGAGCAAGCCAAUCAUUCUACAACUUGUUGACGUGGUUAAUGUCAGCAGGUCGAAGAUUAACCAGUUAGAUGAUAUGUUGGGGAUAAUGAAUCCCAAUGACCUACGGACGGACCAAAUGAGGAAUAAAAAGAAGAACCCUAACCAGUCAAAUGCAUCGCGAAACCGACUUAUUCGAGAUAUUGAUAUGGAGAACGAUUCUCAUAGUAAUAGCGUACAGCCUCUUCCAUCAGGUGGUUCCAAUAAUGAUUAUUAUAAGGUGACAUUGAUGGAUUAUAAAGGAAAUUUGGUUUAUGGCAUUGAGCUUACGAAAUUGGGGUUUUUAUCAAAUUCUAGUAUCGCAGAUAAUCUCAAAGGGGGGUUUUUACCGGUAGCUUUGGGAUCAAAGAUAGUGGUGAAGCCGGGAACAAAAAUUAUGUUGGAUGUUUUGAUGUUAAAAAACGAAUUAACUGUUUAUGCUGGUGGAUUUUCAACGAACCCUGUUGGUUUGGAAAAAGUAGUGAUUGAAAACUUGAAACUUCUGUUGGAUUCUUUGCAAUCUGCAUGA